CAACCUUAAUAUAUUAGCAUGGCUUGGAUAUUAACCACUCUAGCCUUGAUUCCGCUCGCUUUCUUCCUCCGAGCUUGGCUGUCGAAAAGAAAGAUCAAGGAUAGCAAGUUACCCCCUGGUCCAAUAGGGUUUCCUAUAUUUGGUAGCUUACAUUUGUUAGGGAAGUUCCCUCACCAUGACUUGCAUCAACUAGCAAAGAAGUAUGGCCCUAUCAUGUAUAUGCGGUUAGGCUUGGUGCCUACUGUAGUUGUCUCAUCGCCUCGGGCUGCCGAAUUGAUUCUUAAGACCCAUGACCUCGUGUUUGCUAAUAGGCCACCAAAUGAGGCUGCGAAGCAUAUCACUUACGAGCAGAAGGGCUUAACAUUUGCUCCAUAUGGUUCUUAUUGGCGCAACGUGCGCAAGAUGUGUACCCUUGAGUUGCUUAGCAACCAUAAAAUAAAUUCUUUCAUGUCCACGAGGAAAGAAGAGCUUGACCUCUUGAUUGACUACAUUAAAGACGCUUCUCGUGAUCGUGUUGCUGUUGAUCUUAGUGCCAAGGUCUCAUCUCUAAACGCUGACAUCAGUUGUAGGAUGAUUUUUGGAAAGAAAGACUUGGAAAAGGAAUUUGAUGAGAGGGGGUUCGAACCACUGACUCAUGAGGGCAUCCGUAUAGCAGCAAGUUUUAACUUGGGAGAUUACAUCCCUCCAAUUGCACCACUUGACCUUCAGGGUCUUACAAAGCGCAUGAAGGCCAUAGGCAAGGUUUUUGAUGACUUCUUUGAGAAGAUUAUUGAUGAGCACAUUCAGUUCAAGGACGAAAACAGAACUAAAGAUUUUCUUGAUGUCAUGUUGGACUUCUUGGGAUCUGAAGAAACUGAGUAUCGUAUUGGUCGAGGCAACAUCAAAGCCAUAAUCUUGGACAUGCUUGUAGGCUCAAUGGACACCCCAGCCGCAGCAAUUGAGUGGACUCUCUCCGAGCUCAUCAAGCAUCCAAGAGUAAUGAAGAAAGUCCAGAAAGAACUGGAAGAGAAAAUAGGCAUGGAUAGAAUGGUGGAAGAAUCAGACUUGGAGGGCUUGGAGUACUUGCACAUGGUUAUAAAGGAAGCUUUCAGGCUCCAUCCAGUGGCACCUCUACUUGUCCCUCACGAGUCAAUGGAAGAUUGCACCAUAGAUGGCUUCCUCAUCCCGCAAAAAACACGUGUUCUUGUAAACGUUUGGGCUAUUGGACGCGACCAAAGUGCCUGGACUGAUGAUGCAAAUAAGUUUAUUCCAGAGAGGUUUGCUGGGAGUAACAUAGAUGUUCGUGGACGCGAUUUCCAGCUUCUCACCUUCGGGGCUGGGCGCAGGAGCUGCCCUGGAAUGCAUUUGGGACUAACCAUGGUUCGGCAAAUUGUGGCACAGCUGGUGCAUUGCUUUGACUGGGAGCUUCCUAACAAUAUGUUGCCGGAGGAAUUGGACAUGACUGAGGCGUUUGGUCUUGUAACCCCGAGAGCAAACCAUCUGUGCGCCACUCCAACUUAUCGCCUUCACCUCUGAUUAUGGCUUAAGCAAUGUUUCGAUUUCUUGUUAUUUGAUAUUCUCUGUUGGAAGUGUGAUCAUGUAGGGAUUGUCUUUCCCUUGGAUUCAUGGAAUAAACUGUAUUGGAAGUGUGAUCAUGUAGGGAUUGUCUUUCCCUUGGAUUCAUGGAAUAAACUGUAGACUCAUAUCAGCAUGUUGAUGUUUCUUUUUGCCUGUCCAGGAUUUUAUUCAAAUUAAACUACAUCCCACAAUUUAUUA